UAACGAGUCUCCAGACUGACUCCAGAGUCCAGGCUUCAGACCCCAAAGCAGCCAUGGACGAGCAGGAAUUCAGACGUAUUCUGGAUCUGUUCCCGAUCAUCCGAUCUCGAGAUUACUGUGCUGAUUCAGAGUUACCAAGACAGCACUUACCUUCGCAUUCAGCAAGGGAUGAGCUAACAGAAUGGCAAAAUGCUUGGAGUGAGGAGGGUAGAAAAGGAACUGAAAUUCAGGGAAUCGACACAGAAGAUCCAUUCUGGGAGAAAUUAAAAUUAGCAGCAGAGAAGAAGGUUGGUGUAGCGGAAGCUGAGAAAUUCUGCAAGGCUUUCCAAGUGGUUCACAGGAAACUUGUGUAUGAAGAAUUAAGUCUAGAUGCGGCACGGAAACUUAACAUACGAUAACAGGUUCUAUGUAAAUAUAAUGCAUAAUUUUGAGAAUAAACUCAAGUAGAUGUUUCAUUGGAUAUUAUUAUGGUUAUGCCAUGUCAAAAAGUUGAAAACAAAAUAUAUAAUGAAUGUUGAUAUUGGUAA